UGGUUCCAGAUAUUCUAGAAGGAAGCAGAGCUCACGUGUCUCCAGAACCGGGUCCAGGCGUGGUUUUCAAAUGGGUGUGGUUCCUUGUGAAGGGAAGUUUCUUUUCUACAGUUCCUUGAUUGGAAAACACACACUGUGCUGAAUGAAAUGUGACCGGAGUGCGAGGAAGAGCGACGAUAACUGCACGCGUUUUGGAUAAACAGCCCCGGAAGAGUCGCUUUAAGAUUUUCAUCUUAAAAGUAAAGAAGGACAAUGGGCCUCCUGCAGCUGCUGAAAACCCAGUUCCUGUGCCACCUGAUCAUCUGCUACGUGUUCGUGCUCAGCGGCCUCAUCGUCAACGUGCUGCAGCUCUGCACUUUACCUCUGUGGUUUGUCAACAAGCAGCUGGCCCGCAGGAUCAACGUGCGACUGUGCUACUGCAUCAGCAGCCAGAUGGUGGCUGUCCUCGAGUGGUGGUCAGGCUCUGAAUGCACGCUCUACACAGACCCAAAGAGUUAUCCACUGUAUGGAAAAGAGAAUGCAAUAGUGGUCCUCAACCACAGCUUUGAGAUAGACUUCCUGUGUGGCUGGACCUUCUGUGAGAGGUUUGGAGUUCUUGGGAGUUCAAAAGUGUUGGCCAAGAAGGAAUUGGCAUACGUGCCAGUUAUCGGUUGGAUGUGGUACUUCCUGGAGAUCGUUUUCUGCAAGAGAAAGUGGGAGGAGGAUCGGAGGACGGUGGCGCAGGAUCUUCAAAACCUGAAGGAUUACCCAGAAAAGUUCUGGUUCUUGCUUUACUGUGAAGGAACACGCUUCACACCGAAGAAGCACCAGAUCAGCAUGAAGGUAGCUGAGACCAAGGGUUUGGCCAAACUGAAAUAUCACCUCUUGCCCAGGACCAAAGGUUUCUGGGUAACGGUCCAAAACCUCAGAGGCAGUGCUGCAGCUGUUUACGAUUCUACACUCAACUUCAGGAAUAACGAAACGCCAACCCUGCUUGGAAUUCUUAAUGGGAAGAAAUACCAUGCAGAUCUAUAUGUGAGGAGAAUCCCUUUGGAGUCGAUUCCAGAAGAUGAGGCAGAGUGCGCCGCUUGGCUCCAUAAACUGUACCAGGAAAAGGACAGCUUUCAGGAGCAGUAUGCACAGACCGGGCAUUACCCUGGCCCCAUAAUGAGCCCUUCACGCCGCCCCUGGACUUUGAUCAACUGGCUCUUCUGGUCCUGUCUGCUGCUGUACCCGUUAGGCCUCCUACUUGCUCAGCUGAUCAGCUCUGGUUCAAUGCUGACCAUCCUCGCUUCUGUGGCUUUCUGUUCUGCAGCAGAUCUGACAAGUCAAAUCCUCUCUGGGGGUUCGCUGGAUGAUUGGCCAGACUGAGAUCAACAAAGGCUCAAGCUAUGGAAAUAAGGAGGUUACUCUAAACAACAACUAAGGAAUCCUGAAAAACUCGGUGCUGCUUCUCUGCACGGCUACUAAUCCAUGAACUGCCCGCAGCAGAAUUUGAAAACACUAGACAGGAUCCCGCUUGUCUAAUGAGGGUGUAACACAGGACGGGGCAGUCUUGUCUAACGUUACGUUGCAAGACUCAAGGUGUACGAUCAUGAAGUUGGACUGUGGUGGCCAGGUUCCUUUGGGACACUGAGACUGUGAAGGAAGGUGAAAUCUGACUCUAUAGUAGACUGUCAUGAAAUCCGAGGGUUAAUAUUUUUUGACAUUUUUACUGGCAAUUAAAACUGAAAUUAAAAUUCAGCUAAAAUGCACUACCUCUUUGAUAAUAAUGAAAAAUAAUAAAGAUUUCAAAUCAG